UUUUAAAAAAAUCCCUUCUUAAAAACUGCAUAAAGUAGCUUGGUAUCUCUGGAAUAGUGAGGUAAAACAUCCUUUAGGAAAAAUUCUUCAGGCCUAAAUGUGAAUGAGUUGACAAUUCUCAGAAAAAUUAGUCUUGCGACAAAACUAAUUGGAGUUGUGUUUAUUUUCAGCAAUGCUUAUUUUCUGAUUUACUAGUCUUUGGCUGUUUUGUUUUAAUUUUUCAGUUUGCUUUUGUAGCUGUGACCAGUGUCUCCGCUGUACCUUCCUACCUCCUUUUUCACAAUGACACUCACAGGAUAUUUAAACAUUUUAGAAGAUUGCACACAUGCAAAAAAGUGCUUGAGAAUGUUUGUUUUCCUCUUCCCAAUCAAAAUUUCUGUUUCAGGUUCUUCUGCAGCUUGGGCUGGGGCUGCCAAUGCCAGAUGGCACCGUUUCUGAGAAAAGAGCUAGCUUUUGCUUAGAAGUAAUACCCACAAACAAUGCCAAAUUAGCAUAAGCAAAUGUCAGUGCGUUAACACAAAGCCAACACUCUUUCUAUCUUUUCUUUCCUUCCUAGGCCAUGGGUGUUGAGAGUGACCAGGAAAUUGUACAGAUGAUUGGAACAGAGGAGCACGUGAUGGCUGCAUUUGGACCCAGUUUGGAAGAGUGCCAGAAAGCUCAGAUUUUCACACAGAUGCAGGUUAAUGUUGCCUAUUUUAGAACUUUAUGGAAUUGUGAAGAAUAUACUCUUUUUGCGUCCAGUUUCUUCUCACAUCUCAGUUUGGAGGCUAAAUGUUUACUGGAAAUACCUGAUCUGAUCAUAACAUUUACAGUUGAAAAAGUAAAUUCACAAGUAGAUACCACCCACUUGGAGAUUGAGCCCUUCACUCUUCUUGGUGUUUGUGCUGGCCUCAUCCCAUACCCUCAUCAUAACCAGUCCCCAAGAAACACGUAUCAGUGUGCCAUGGGAAAACAAGCCAUGGGUACCAUUGGAUACAACCAGCGGAACAGAAUCGAUACUCUCAUGUAUCUGCUAGCAUACCCACAAAAACCCAUGGUUAAAACAAAGACCAUUGAGUUGAUAGAAUUUGAGAAACUGCCCGCUGGACAGAAUGCAACGGUUGCCGUGAUGAGUUACAGUGGCUAUGAUAUUGAAGAUGCCCUCAUUUUAAACAAGGCCUCCUUGGACAGGGGCUUUGGGCGUUGUCUUGUAUAUAAAAAUGCUAAAUGUACAUUGAAACGCUAUACCAAUCAGACCUUUGAUAAAGUGAUGGGGCCGAUGUUGGACGCUGCCACAAGGAAACCCAUCUGGCGACACGAAAUUUUAGAUGCGGAUGGUAUUUGUUCUCCAGGUGAGAAGGUAGAAAACAAACAAGUGCUGGUAAAUAAGUCCAUGCCUACAGUAACUCAGAUUCCUCUGGAAGGAAGUAAUGUGCCGCAGCAACCACAGUACAAGGAUGUGCCCGUCACCUACAAAGGGGCAACGGAUUCAUAUAUUGAAAAAGUGAUGAUCUCUUCAAAUGCUGAAGAUGCUUUUCUGAUCAAAAUGCUGCUGAGACAGACCAGGCGUCCAGAGAUUGGAGACAAAUUCAGCAGCCGUCAUGGGCAAAAAGGUGUUUGUGGCUUGAUCGUCCCUCAGGAAGACAUGCCAUUUUGUGAUUCUGGCAUCUGUCCGGACAUCAUAAUGAACCCACACGGCUUCCCAUCGCGAAUGACGGUGGGGAAGCUGAUUGAGCUGCUGGCCGGCAAGGCUGGCGUGUUGGACGGCAGGUUCCACUAUGGCACUGCGUUUGGAGGCAGCAAAGUGAAGGAUGUGUGUGAAGACCUCGUUCGCCAUGGUUAUAACUACUUGGGGAAAGACUAUGUUACAUCUGGCAUCACAGGUGAACCCUUGGAAGCAUACAUCUAUUUUGGCCCGGUGUACUAUCAGAAACUGAAGCACAUGGUACUGGAUAAGAUGCACGCCCGGGCCCGGGGACCACGAGCUGUUCUUACCAGGCAGCCCACCGAAGGUCGAUCUCGUGACGGCGGUUUGCGUCUUGGAGAGAUGGAACGUGACUGUUUAAUCGGUUACGGAGCCAGUAUGCUUUUACUGGAGAGACUAAUGAUUUCGAGUGAUGCCUUUGAGGUUGAUGUCUGUGGGCAGUGUGGACUUCUGGGGUAUUCUGGCUGGUGCCAUUACUGCAAGUCGUCAUGCCACGUGUCCUCCCUCCGCAUCCCGUACGCCUGCAAACUGCUCUUCCAGGAGCUGCAGUCGAUGAACAUCAUUCCCCGCUUAAAACUAUCCAAAUACAAUGAGUAAGGAUGGAAAAGGUCAUUAUUUAAAGAGAACCACCGAUAAGCCCAACACAAUGGAAAGCAGAGGGGAUUGAGGACCACGUCUGCUUCUGGGAAUAAUUCCCUUGAAUGUCCCCCCUAAGAAAGGAAGAUAGAGAGGCUUUCUUGCCCUGCGGAUGGACAAUGCAGCCGUGAUCAGUGAGCCUCGGGCCAUGGGAGACAUGCCCCCCCACAUGGACCAUGAUGCAGUCUCCCUGUUCCUGGACUGAAUGCAAUUCACAAAUGGAUGUGACCUAAAAGAUAAAUAAACUUUUAUUUAUGUUCUGGUAUCUUGAAAUUUACUCAUGAGAAAGACCUUCCUCCUUUAAAAGAACAUUUGGGACUAAAUUCCCCAUGAUACCUUCCUGACUAACAAAACACAAAGACUCUUAAGACACCUGAAGGGUAUGAAGAGUCUCUGAAUGGUUGGCGUGGCCUUUGUCGAGGUGGCUGAUAGGACAGUGUGUGAAGGGAGAGAGCUGUGGGAAGCCGAGAGCCCCGGAUAAAGGGACGGCUUUCCUACCUGGUACUGUGAAAUAUAAUAAAUAAAUUCCUACCAUCUUAAGCAAGUUUA